CUGUGCCGGGUUGCGAAGGGGGAGAAUAACGUCGGAUCGGGUCAACAGGCUCUGCAGUAGUCGCCGCAGCGGCUAUGGGAGCGGCGGGAACGCGGUGGUGGCGGCGGCAGGAGGAGGAGGAGCAGGGGCUGGUGCAAGAGCAGCGGCUGGGAAUAGCCAGCGGCAGUCGGGGCAGUGGCCGCCGCCGCCUCCAGUAAACGCGGACGGUACCGAGGGGUCCCCGACCGGCCAGCUGGGCGCCGCGCUCGGGCCCGCCGCAGUGGGCGGGGGAUGGGCGGGAGGCGGCGGCCGCGCCUGCUGAGGGUGGCCCGCCGCCGGCGCUGGCUCUGAGCCGGACCCCAGCCCUCCGCCCGAGGGCCCGCGUCGGCCCCAGCCCAGGUUAAAUGGAAACCACCUUUGGGAGCUGGAUGCCCGUGUAGCUGUUCUACCACAGCAGUGUUUUGCAAUGAGUGGGGGAGGAGAGCAGCCAGACAUCCUCAGUGUCGGAAUCCUGGUCAAAGAAAGAUGGAAAGUGUUGAGAAAGAUUGGGGGUGGGGGCUUUGGAGAAAUUUACGAUGCCUUGGACAUGCUCACCAGGGAAAAUGUCGCACUGAAGGUGGAAUCAGCUCAACAACCAAAGCAAGUUCUGAAAAUGGAGGUUGCUGUUUUGAAAAAAUUACAAGGGAAAGACCACGUUUGUAGAUUUAUUGGCUGUGGGAGGAAUGAUCGAUUCAACUAUGUGGUCAUGCAGUUACAGGGUCGGAACCUGGCAGACCUGCGCCGCAGCCAGUCCCGGGGCACAUUCACCAUUAGCACUACUCUGCGGCUGGGGAGGCAGAUCCUGGAGUCAAUAGAAAGCAUCCAUUCUGUGGGAUUCCUGCACCGAGACAUCAAACCGUCGAACUUCGCCAUGGGUCGCUUUCCUAGUACAUGUAGGAAAUGUUUCAUGCUUGAUUUUGGCUUGGCUCGACAGUUUACCAAUUCCUGUGGUGACGUCAGACCACCUCGAGCUGUGGCAGGCUUUCGAGGGACAGUUCGCUAUGCAUCAGUUAAUGCUCAUAGAAACAGGGAAAUGGGAAGACAUGAUGACCUUUGGUCUUUAUUCUACAUGUUAGUGGAAUUUGUGGUUGGUCAGCUGCCUUGGAGGAAAAUAAAGGACAAGCUGCUCACAUCCGUUUUUGACAAUAGCAUCAAGACUUUUGGAGUAAUUGAAAGUGACCCUUUUGACUGGGAGAAGACUGGAACAGAUGGCUCUCUGACAACCACCACCACUUCCACCACUCCUCAGCUGCACACCCGCCUGACCCCUGCUGCCAUUGGAAUUGCCAAUGCCACUCCUAUCCCUGGAGACUUGCUUCGGGAAAACACAGAUGAAGUGUUUCCAGAUGAGCAGCUCAGUGACGGAGAGAACGGCCUCCCAGCUGUUGUGUCUCCAGAUAGAGUGCCUGGUUCUCCGGGAUACUGUCGUGCCCAGGAGAAGGAUGUCUGGGAAGAGAUGGAUGCCAAGAAGAACAAGAUAAAGCUUGGAAUUUGUAAGGCUGCCACUGAAGAGGAGCACAGCCAUGGCCAAGCCAAUGGUGUCCUCCAUGCUCCAAGCCUUGGCUCCCCGGUCCGUGUGCGCUCGGAGACCGCCCAGCCCGACAGGGACACGCGGCUGGUGCGCAGGCUACGCUCCAUCCACAGCCUGGAGCUGGAGAAGCGUCUGACCCUGGAGCCCAAGCCAGAUACUGACAGGUUUCUCGAGACCUGCCUGGAGAAGAUGCAGAAAGAUUCUCAUACAGGAAAGGGAUCUGCUGUCCCUGCUCUGCUUCAGAAGCCUUGUCUUCCUGCCAUGUCCCGCACAGACCACGUUUGGCACUAUGAUGAGGAGUAUCUUCCAGAUGCCUCCAAACCUGCCUCUGCCAACACCCCUGAGCAGGCAGAUGGUGGGGGCAGCCAUGGAUUUAUAGCUGUUAACCUGAGCUCUUGCAAACAAGAAGUUGACUCCAGAGAAUGGGUGAUUGUGGACAAGGAGCAAGACCUUCAGGAUUUUAGGACAAACGAGGCUUUAGGUCAUAAAACAACUGCAAGCCCUUCUGAUGAGGAGCCAGAAGUGCUUCAAGUUCUAGAAGAAUCACCUCAAGAUGAAAAGCUACAGUUAGGUCCUUGGGUAGGAAAUGAUCAUUUAGGGAAGGAGCCUUCAGGUGUGGUCUUAGGGCUGUCUGCGGGGUACCCUGCUGCAGCUCCUUCAGAACAGUGCACAGACAGACUGGAGCUCCAGGCCGGGCCUACUAGUCAGUUUAUUGCUGCGACACCCACAAGUCCAAUGGAGGCGCAAGCGGAAGGACCCUUGACAGCGAUUACAAUUCCUAGACCUUCUGUGGCAUCAACACAGUCGACCUCAGGAAGCUUUCACUAUGGUCAGCAUCUGGAAAAGAAGGAUCUUCAGCCCAUGGAGCCCACUGUAGAACUUUACUCUCCAAGGGAGAACUUCUCUGGCUUGGUUGUGACAGAGGGUGAAGGGCUUCAGAUAGAUCAUGUUGGCCAAGACAUGAUGUCACCCUGUGUUAGAGAGAGCGACAGAUCUCAGGACCUGGGACCAAAAGACCUUCCUGAUGAUGACGGACUAGUUGUGAGGGAAUUUGAGAAUUUCCCUGUGGAAACUGAAGAGAAAAGCCUUCUUCUAGGGUCAGACCAUGAAGAUGAAAAGUUAAGUAAAGAAGAGCACUGUGUUGAGGUUGCCCUCCGAGGAGACAGGGUGACUGUGGAAAAGGAUCAUUCCACCACUCCUGACCCUCUCGAGGUGACCAGGACACAGACCUUCAGUGUGUUGCCAAAUCAGGACAGAAAUCAUGAGAUCAUGAAGCUCCUGGCAGUUGGAACUUCUGAAUUUUCGCCAAGAGUCAUUGACCCACAUGUUGAAGGACAGCAAGGCCAGGUGGCACCAAUGCAGAAAAGCAGACCAUGUAAGAAUGAUGACAUUAAGACAGAAGACCUGCCAGAGCAUCAAGGAGGCCUCUCUGCUUUAUUGUGCCAAGAGGAUAAAAAAGAGAAAAGUGCCCUGAGAAACGGAGAGCUGGUUCAUUGUGUUUCCCAGAAUGAGUGUGCUCCCCCAGCCCGGAAGGACAUGGUCAGGUCCUCCCUUGGAACCAGACACAGUCGGAUCCCUGUCCUAGUGCAAGAGAUAGAGUCAGCAUUUGAGUUGUCCUCUCCUGUCUCUGCGAAAGAGAAGCUCCUCCAAAAGAAAGCUUACCAGCCAGACCUGGUGAGACUGCUGGUGGAGAAAAGGCAGUUCCGCUCUCUCCUCGGCGACCUCUCCAGUGCCUCUGAGAAGGUGCUGGAGGAGAAGCUUGCUGCUGUCCCUGUGCCCUUCUCCGAGGAGGACGUCUUCAUGCCCUUUUCCAGACUGGUAGUAGAUGCUACCCUGAGCAGGUCUGUGGAAGAUAGCUUUCUGCCACCCCUCCUCUCCCAGGCUAGAAAGAGCAAGAUCCCAAGGCCAGUUUCAUGGGUCAGCACAGAUCCCGUUAGCAGCUCACCCUCGUCAAAGUUCUUGCCUCGGCCACCGCCUGGGAAGCCACCUGCAAGGCCUGGAGUUGAAGCCAGGCUACGCAGAUACAGAGUCCUAGGGAGUAGUAACUCUGACUCAGACCUUUUCUCCCGCCUGGCUCAAAUUCUUCAAAAUGGAUCUCAGAAGCCCCGGAGCACUACUCAGUCCAAGAGCCCAGGAUCCCCACACAAUCCCAAGACACCACCCAAGAGCCCAGUUGUCCCUCGCAGGAGCCCUAGCGCCUCUCCUCGGAGCUCGUCCUUGCCUCGCACGUCCAGUUCCUCACCAUCCAGGGCUGGGCGGCCCCACCACGAGCAGAGGAGUUCGUCCCCACACCUGGGGAGAAGCAAGUCCCCUCCCAGCCACUCAGGGUCCUCCUCCUCCAGGAGGUCCUGCCAGCAAGAGCACUGCAAACCCAGCAAGAGCAGCCCCAAAGGCUCCGGCGGCCUCCACCACCACCCGGGCAGCUUGAAAGCCCCCGCAGGGAAGAGCAAGCCCGCCAGCAAGCUCAGCAGAUAGGAGCUGGCUGCAGCUCUUCCUCCUGACCUGAUGCAUGUGUGCCCCCGUACUGUCUAUUUAAAAAACCAAUGUGCUCUUCCCUUACAAAAGGGAGAAACUUGAGGAGUUAUUUAUAAGCAGACAUAAUAUAUGGUAAGAAAGUACCUAAGGUGCAGGUAGUAGGCAAUGGGAAUCCACACCUUUGUACAGGAAGGGACCUUCUGGCAAAAGCCAUGGGGGACUCCUGAGUAAGCUGACACUUUCUAGCUGCCUCUGAAAUAAGAGGGUAGGAAGCAGAAUGAUGUGAACGUUUUUUGUUUUGUUUUGGUACUGGGGAUCGAACUCAGGACCUUUUGCUUGUGAGGCAGGUGCCAGAACCACUGAGUUAAAUCCCCAGCCCUGCAGAAUGAAACUUUAAGGAGUUCACCUAAUUUUUUAACCCUCUUCUUAAAAUUCUAUCAAGUGUUUGGUAUUUUCAUUCACUCUCCCAAGCUUGGAGUUAUUGCUCAGAUAUCAGAGUAUAUAAGAAGCUGGGUAUGGUGGCGCACGCCUGUAAUCUCAGCACUUGGGAGGCUGAGGCGGGAGGAUCACAGUGUGUUCGAGGCCGGCCUGGGCUGCACAGAGAGACCCUGUCUCAAAGAACAGAUACAAACAGUGUGUGAGAAGCCUGCUGUGAGGGAGCUGGUACUUGGUUCACGGAGGUAUUCAGGGUGUUGAGGGUCCACACUUUUACUUUGCCUCACUCCAAGUAUCCUUCUUGGAUUUCACUUUUUUUUUAGUUACUGUUUCUUAUCUAACCCAGUCGUUCUUACUUCUCACAGUGCAACCUGACAGGUCUUUAGCAGCACAUACUGAGAACUUCAGAAACAGUUACCUUUCUUUUAGUCCCCUAAUACUUUUCUUUGGAGCAACAGUUCUUAGCCCAGUACUUUUAUAUUGUGAAAAGUAACUGAGAAGCUUAGGUAAAGGACAGAAAAGUCUGACUACAGCUACAGUGCAGGCAUUACUGUCCAGAGAGAGGACAGAAGGGGGCCUGGCCUCGAAUCAGAGACAGAAGGAGCCGCUUGCAGCGUGUUAAGCCUCCUCCUGGCGGAAGACCUCACAAGAACAGAUGCCUCCUGAGUCUUCUGGGUCCCAGAUCUUCUUUAAGAUGAUGCUAGGGAAGCACAAUGCUUGGGAAUAUGACUGUGCUUUUAGAGAUUUAGAAAGAAAAAUAGAUAUUAAAUAUGGUACAGAGGCUUAUAAUCUUAAACUUUGUGUUUUAUACAUUUAGCCAAUAAGGUAUGAAUAUCUGGGGAAAUAAGUUUAGGCUAAAUAUUUUUUAAUGUUUUAUUCUGCUUUUUCUGUGCUUUAGUUCAGUAGUUGGGCUUCUUGGCCUGAUUUCCAUGUAAUCUCAAUUUAUGAAGCUGUAACGUUAGUAUUUGUUCUAAACUCACUAUUCUGCUAACAAGAAUCAGGCACAAUUAAAGUGUACAGGUUUUAUAAAUGGGCUUUUGUAUACCCUGCCAGUGUUUUGUGUUGUAAAGACCUUGUUAUGGUUAGUAAAUUGGUCUGCUUGCUGUUGAAAUCUGCCUUCUAGCAAACAUCUGUGCUUUCUCUUUGACCUUGUAUUUGCUGCCGAACCUAAUACAGUUGAAUUGGAAAAGAAAGAUAUUUCCUCACUAAACGAACAUAUUUUAAUGCUGCAUCAAAGCUGCCCUGAAGCUGCACCGAACUUAUCUUGUUCUCUUUCUGUAGCGAGGUUUUUAACAAACUCAAAACACUAUAUUGAGGCAUAGGUCUCCCAUAAGAAAUGUAGCAUAGUAUGGAAUCUUACUUUCUCUCUAGUCUCACUCACUACAGGAAUCACUACAGUAGAUAAGACAUUUCUGCUGUUUAUCUAAAGCAGCUGUAAUAUUGGAAGAUGAUCCUUCUGUAUUAUGUUGUAUAAUAGUUGCCAUAACACUACUUGCAUGUCUUCAUGGUAAAUUAUAUAAAUAUUUAUAAAUAUAUAGAGAUUUGCUUAUAUAAACUCAUUCUUUCUCAUUCACCAUUUGUAAUUUCAAGCUCAUGGAUGGUGAAAUUCCUUUUCUAUUGUGUGCCUCGUGGACACCUUGGGCUUUACCUGUCUUCAUUUUCUGAAAAUAUGUUCUUGGCCUGUGAGGCCUCAGACUCUUCUUGCCUUCCCUGUGUCUAAUGCAAGGUUGACAGUCUGUAACGAGCCAAAAUAGCCUAUUUAAUUUUCACUUUAAAGAGAUAUUAAUGGGGGAAAUUAUAGGGACAUGCUUGCAAUACUAAGAUUUGUCCAUGUUGAUCACAUAGUUCUCUUACAGUUAGAGUAGACAGAUGGGGAUUAUAAACACGGGUCGGAUGGAAAAGGAUUUUAAAAACAUUUCCUCAAAGUUGCUAUCAUCCUACUUUGGCCUUUUCCACUUUGUGGUGGGGUGGGAGGUAUACAGAGGAUAAGCAAGACACUUUCUUCCUUUCCUUUCCUUUCUUCUUUUCUUAUUUCUCUCUCUUUUUCUUUUUGUUGUUGUUGUUGCAGUAACUAAAUUGUGAUUAAAGUAGCCAGUUUAAAUACUGACCCAUCUAGUCAGAAAUGUGCUAGUAGUAACCAGUAGAAAAGCUGAAGUCGCUUUCUGUGUUUGUUUUCUGACUGCCAUUUCUCUGCUGGUAGUCACAAUGACAGUGAUGGCAACUGACGUAUUCUGUCUUUUUUGUUCCUUCUGUUUUUCAACCUUUCCACUGUGUUGUCUGCUUUUCUAAGUAGCAUUAACAAACUCAUCAAGAUCCAGAGAUAAAAGCCUCAUUGUGUAAAAUAUUUUAUUUUGCAUGUAGAGGAAAGAGUUAACCAAAGAUGUUUCUGCUCUGACACUUUCAAAACAGACUAAUUAUAAGUACUGUCCUUAGCUAGAGAAAUUUCCUUUACAAUUUUAAUGUUGGAUGUCUCUCAGAUUAAAAGUAGAAGUUGGCAGCCCUCAGCUAGCACUUUUGACAAGAAUUUUGUUUUUAUUUUAUUUUAAAGGUCUGUACAGAGAACAGAGUUUUUGUUUUGUGUGUUCAUUAGUAUUUAUUUUUUAGUUUUUUAGUGUAUUUCAGAUUUCAGUCACAGAUCAUCCAAAAGUAAUUUAAGCCUGUUUGGUUAUUUUAAUUCAGAUGAGAAACAUGGCCACUAACUAAAGUCAAACCAAAUUACAAUAAAGUAGUAUGGGACAGAAGUUAACAUCAGCUUUCGACUCCUGGUAUUUCCUAUCACAACAGCAGGGUGGGCUGCCAAGUCCCAGUUGGCCUUGCCUUUGCCUCUCUAGUCUCAGAGAUUACUUGGGAGGCACAGAAGAUAGAAGUAGCAGCACUCAAGCUGAGCAUGGUGGCGCAUGCUCAGUGGCUCCGCUGCCUGCUUCCCAAGCAAAAAGUCCCGAGUUCGAUCCCCAGUACCAAAAAACCAAACCAAACAGAAAAAACAACGGCAGCAGCAGGUCAAUCCCUUUCCUCUUGGAUUAGGCUGCCAGCCCUCCAGGGUCUUUGAACUGGUUGAAAUCCUAAGCUCCACCUAGUAAUUUUGCAGUGUAAAGGCAUUUGACUCUAGUGAUGAUUAACAAAGAAGGAAAAUGAAUCACCUCAAAUUUAACAGGAAGAUGCAGAUUGUAAAUCAUCUCUGAAUGCUAACCUGCAGGCAGGCAGGCACUCAUUCUCGGCUGUGGUAUGCAAGCUGGUUUUGCUGACAGUGGCACAGAUAUUUACUGAUUUUUAACUUGCACAUUUCAAAGUGAAUUUUUUUGUAAAAGCUGCCAAAUGGUUCAAGUCUUGAGCAGCAGAAUGGUAGUUGAGACCUACUGUGGUCCUGAUGGUCUUCCUGAGCUGCUGCUUCCUGUGCGGUGUUCUAGACAGGAGUCUGCGGAGCCGGAGUCUCUUGGGUUGGCAGCAGAGCUGCCUGCCAUGCUGCAGACAGCUAUGCUAAUGUUUUUAUAGUUGCAGCCUCUCUUCGAGGAAAGAGUGUAAUUGGAGCAUGUUUUAUAAACCCAGAUGCAGAUAGUUAAAACCAUAAUUGGUUUUUCUAUACCCAGUAGCUUUGUAUUAAAUACAAGUGCUUUUUUCCAAGAGAAGACAAUUUUAUAUUCCUAAUCUAACAUUAGGAAUUGCUGAGAGGAGAAACAAGAUCCAGAAUUCAGACUUAUGGCUUAGGGGGGAAAUGCAUCUUGCUCUGGCUGUUUGAAAAUACAUUUAUCUAUAGGUAAUCUAGAUUUAGUCUUGGAGAUCAAAGUGCUUCAUAUUUUAAAAGCUUUUCAUUGCUUGUUCUCUAUCAAAAAUAGGGCUUUAGAGAAUUUCUUCUGUCAUUUUCAUGUACUGUGGAAUCAAGCUUUGCAUUCAGUCUUUUAAACUCUGCCCUUUUCUGGUUCUGUGCAUUUUAUCUCCAGUGUGUCUGGGCUUUGCUUAUGAGAAGAAAGGGUUUAGUAACUGUCACAGAAGAGACAGGAAUGGUUGAGAAUAUUAGUGGAACAGCUAUGUGUCUAUGAUUUGACAGAAGUAUUAUAGGGUUAAGAUGUGUAACUACUGUGGCAGUCCUGUAUGUUAAUACACCCCGAGUUCAGGAACGACUGGCACCUCUUCAGACCUUAACCGAGAGGAGGGAAUUAGGGAUAGUCCCAGCCCUCAGGCCGCAGGGGGACAGUGCCUGCAGAACCCCACGAUAUCUAAGAUAUCAGUAGAACAGCUCACUUCCUGUCCUCUCUGAGUGUGACUCUAGUGUGUACCGUAGUAUGUGUAAGCAGAGUGGAAACUCAUCACAGUAUUAGAUAUUCUCCAUAUUUUAGCUGUUCCUCUGGACAGUCUUGGGGGCUUUCAGAAUCUGUUGCUCAGCAUUGCUAGUGAGAACUGCAGGAGUCGUAUGUGGAAUUCCUGUAGUCCCUAAGUGGCUCCAGGACAUGGGACAAGGACCCUUGUUCACUUAGGGGGAUCUGGAUGCUGUACAUUUUAAUCCCAGAGAAGUCUCCAACGGGAUAUGGCUGGCUCAUCAAGACAUUUUCUAACUCAGUUGUGAUCGACUACUCCUACUUUUUUGGGGGGUGGGGGCAGAGUUUGAGUACAUAAAACUCAACAUUGGUUUUUACUUGCAAACAUUACUUAAAAAGUUACAGAUGUCAAGAAACAGUUUAAAAUAGUAUAUACAUUUUCACCAUGAAUCUGAUACAAAAAUUUUUUUCUUUUAACAAAGUUACACACCUUAUGGGAAAUAAUUUAAAUGUUUUAUAUAUGUAUAUGUAUGUAUGAAAUCCAAUAAAUAAUCUUUUCAGAUCUUAUAUCUUCUCCUUAAAAUCUUCAGAUAUUCUUGUGAUGUGUCUGAAAUUAGAUCUUGGCUUGAUAUUAGCAGACCUUGUGGGAGAAACUUUCAAGGAUCCAGAUUCAAGUUCGCCAGUAGCUUCUCUUCUCUGGUUAUACUUUUGUUCACCUCUUGCUGCAUCUUGGUCAGGUAGCUCUCCAUGCUGUUGUUUGAAGGCUAUGGGUUUAACGGAGGAACCGUAAGUUUUCUCGGGGAAGAAAACUUCUCUGGAACAUCAAACUGUGAUUAAGAUUUUGGACACAUUCUAGGACAGGUCUUGUACUAACAGUGCUCAGUAAUGAUCGGUUUUGUUGCUGCUCCACCAGAAGUUUGGUUUUGGCCUCUUCUAGCCUCUCAUUAGCCUUGUUUAGUUCCCUGGACAAUGACUUUCUUCUGUUGAAUUCUUCUAGAUAGAGUUGCCUGUAGUUUUUCAAUUGUAUUUUAUUAGACUCUUCUUGAGUUUUCAUUUUAGAGACCUCUGAUUCCAGGUCUGUAAUUAGGAGUUCCAUCUGACUUCUCAUUGAAGCAUUAUUAGUCUCUGUUAAGUGCUGUAAAUAUUCUUGAGAUGCUGCUUGUCUCUGUAAAAAUAGAUUGACUUGUUUUAAUUCUACUAAAUCCCUCCUGGCUUUUUCUUCAGUCUCCUGCUUAUACUGUUCUACCUGGGCACGUUCUGCCACAUUCUUUUUUAUGUGACUUCUCAGGUUAACUGUUUCUUGUUCCAGCUGCUUUUCAUUCUUCUCUAGUGUUUCACAUUUCUUUUGUAUAUUUUUCAUAGAUAAUAACUCCUGCUGGACAAAAUCAUUAUUUUUAUCCAAAUGUAGACAUUUGGAUGAUGCAGUUUCCAGUUUUGCCGUAAGAUCAUCAACCCAGUUAGCUCUUUUUGUAAUUCACCAUUUUUCUUCUUUUCUUCAUCCAAAGUAUAUUCCAGACAUUCUGUUAACUCAGUAAGUUUCUUUAAUUGUUCUUUAUCAUCUUCAGAAGUUCGUAGAAGUUUCAGUUCAUAGCUGGCUGGCUCCAAGGCAGGAUGGCAUGGCAGAGAGGCAUCACAGAGGAGAAGAAAAGCUGCAGCAGCAAUAAGCGACAAGUCUACUCCUACUCUUAAAAUAUGUAAGCUUGAUAUUUAGUUAUUUCCUGUGAGUAAAGUUGAAUCAGAAAAUUAGAGUAUGUAACAAGAUGAGGAUCACGUUGAGGUUCCAUAUAAUGUCAGGAUGCUGAGUGGCAAAGAUGUAACAUUUACUCACUAGUGAUCGGAGUAUUUCCUUACAGUCAGCUGGAGACACAUGGCACAGUGACCUGUGCAGCCUGGCAGGCUGCUACCUCCUCUUUAAUUGGGAGUGACAGUAUGAGCACCACACUGGUGAUGUUGGCCCUGUCUCCCAGAGACCCUUAGUCAAGAGCAGGAUGUGUGAGGCAGACCUUUGAGCCCAUGGAACUGCAGAAUUUGCUGAUCGUUUUACACUCACGAUGGGUGGGGGAUUUACCUCCUUUGAGUACUUUAAUACUGCUUCAUAUUUUGUGCCUGAGUGUUUACUCAUCUAUUUAAAACCAUCGAGUCAAUCAGUCUGUAUAAAGACUACCCUUGCCAUAUGAUGCUUUUUCCUCUUACUAGUCCAAAUCCCUAAAAGUCAUCUGCAACACCUCAUGGUUCUGGGACUUUAUCUGGCAUUCUUCACUUGCCUACGAGGGUAAACAAAGCCACCAGAGGUGGACUCAUUUAUUUUGGUAUGCCACCUAGGGAGGGGUAAGUUUGGAGAUUUUUUUUUUUCCAAAAACCUUCUUUUUAAACUAUGUACCACAUAGUAAAAUUAGUUCACUAAGGGAAAAUAUUUUCAGAAA